CAUGACUUCAGUUAUGAAAAGCUCAUCGAAUAGCAUGUAAACCAUAGAUCGAUUCACUAUAACCCGAUCGCCACUACAUUUCCCUUACCUGUGCUGCCAUUGCAUUGCUUUUCUAAAAAAGGCAUGAAUUAAACCGGAGUUUUCAUUGGUUUUACGGCACUUUUUUGCAUGAAUUCAUUAUCAAAAUCAAUAUUUUUGUUCACAUUCACUGAUUUGUUCACAACCAAGACUAUGCACCCCCUCGUCCUCCACCACCAAUGGCGGGUUCAGCGCCACCGAGACCUCCACCGCCUGAAACUGAUGAUGAAUUUGAAAUUCAAUUCCCAGUCUUGCAACCAAACCAACCGAUUAUGAUGGCGGCGCAUGACUUGCAUCUGGAAGUGAAGCAGUGGUCGAGCAAAGAGAAUGAGAUCAUCGCUGCGGCCAAAAAGAUGGCACUUCUUAUGGCAAGACUGAGUCAAUUGUGUGGCGGAGAGGGCGGAACCAAAAAGGAUUUGAUUGCCUGCGCCAAAGCCAUUGCUGAGGCAUCUGAAGAAGUGACACGACUGGCCAAAGAUCAGGCAAAACUGUGCACUGAUAAGAGAAUGAGAACUGUAAUAUUCUUCAAGUUUGCGAAAGAAUUCCAACCAUUGGAACCCAAUUAAGAAUUUUAUCUACUGUUAAAGCGACCAUGUUGGG